CAAAUACAGCUGGCAGUUUUGCUGGAGUGGCAGAAACGCUCCUGAUAAAAGCCGAGCCUGAGCCAGCCUCCAGCACCGGUGCGAGAACAUCCAUACUGUGUGUCGUCAAUUCUUAAACCUUCAAGUUCCCGGGCUUCUAUUUGAGAAAGCUGCAGUAAUCUGCCAUCAUGAGUACGGACGCAGAGAUGGAGAUAUAUGGGCCGGCGGCCAUCUUCCUCCGGAAGCCCGAGAGGGAAAGAAUUGAGUCGCAAAGCAAACCCUUCGACGCUAAAACCGCCUGCUUCGUACCCCACGCCACGGAGCUCUACGUCAAAGGCGUGAUCCAGAGCAAAGAAGGGGGCAAAGCCACCGUCAAAACUGAAGCCGGGGAAACCGUCACCGUUAAGGAGGACGAUGUCUUGCCCAUGAACCCCCCCAAGUACGAUAAGAUUGAGGACAUGGCCAUGAUGACCCACCUCAAUGAAGCCACUGUGCUGUAUAACCUCAAAGAGCGUUUUGCAGCAUGGAUGAUCUACACUUACUCCGGGCUGUUUUGCGCUACUGUGAAUCCAUACAAGUGGCUUCCAGUGUACGACCAGUCUGUGGUUAAUGCAUACAGAGGCAAGAAGCGCAUGGAGGCUCCCCCACACAUCUUCUCUGUCUCUGACAAUGCCUAUCAGUUCAUGCUUACUGAUCGUGAAAACCAGUCAGUCCUGAUCACUGGAGAAUCUGGCGCAGGAAAGACUGUGAACACCAAACGUGUCAUCCAGUACUUUGCGACAAUCGCAGUGUCUGGUGACAAGAAGAAAGAGGCGGCUCCUGGAAAAAUCCAGGGAACCCUGGAGGAUCAGAUCAUUUCAGCUAACCCUCUGCUGGAGGCUUUUGGUAACGCCAAAACUGUGAGGAAUGACAACUCGUCACGCUUUGGUAAAUUUAUCAGAAUUCACUUUGGAGCCACAGGAAAACUGGCCUCCGCUGACAUUGAGACCUACUUGCUGGAAAAAUCCAGAGUCACAUUUCAGCUGAAGGAAGAAAGGAGCUACCAUAUCUUCUAUCAGAUCAUGACCAACCACAAGCCAGAACUUAUUGACAUGCUU